AUGGCGAGAUUCGACACCACUCUUCCUCUCAUCCCUCUUACGCGAGGAACCGUCCUCUUUCCCGGCAUCGUACAGCGUAUCCCCAUCCCCGCCGCCAGCUCCCACAUUUCCCACCUGUUCAGCAGUGUUUACGAACGCGCCGCUUCGCAACGCCCCAGCAACCCUCUGGACGCCAUUCAGCUGGCAUGCGUGCCGCUCGCAUCGCCCUACCUUAGCCCGUCGGGACAACCUCUCGCCGGCCGCGAUCCAGAUCAUCACGAUCUCUCCUUCCUCGAUAUCGACACGUCGGACUUGACGACGGAGAACUUGUUCGGAUAUGGCGUAACUAUACGAGCCUUGGGCAUCCAGGGCACGGGGGCUGGUGCGGAGCUUAGGGUGGAGGGUGUUGCGAGGUGCAAGUUCAAAGCCAUCGCCAACGAGCGCCAGUACUUCGAGGCUACCGAGUUCGAAAUAUGCACCGACCAAGUGAGCCAAAAGGAUAAGAAGACACGCGAGCUCUUCGCUACCCUCAAGUCCCAAUCUCUCGAGCUCGUAUCCAUCCUUCGAGUAUCCUCGUUCUUCAACCGCUCCGACCUUCGAGCGGCACUCUCACCGUUGCUUGCUCAGCGACUCAACCUUUUCAUCAUGAAGAGGGAACUCAAGGACGCGGGCUCCCUCGCCGAUUUCAUGGCGAAUAUCCUAGACACAUCCUAUGAGGAGAAACUCCAGAUCCUCGCUGCUGUCAACGUCAAGACGAGGAUGGCAAAGGUGAUUGAACUCCUCCAGCGCGAAGUCUCCGACAUUAAGGGCAACAUGAACAUCACCACUGUCACGGCCAUCCCCACUCAAAUCCUCGAUCGUCUCAAUAAUCGCCAGAUCAAGCCCGCCGGCCUGCCUACGACGGGUGCCGCUUUGAACAUGACGCCGCCCUCGGGUAUGCCGCCGAGCGCCCAGGAUAACGGCAAAGACCCGAAUGAGCUUGAGCUGCUGCAGAAGAAGUUGGACGCUGCCAAUCUCCCACCCGAUGCGGCCAAGCUUGCCGAGAGGGAGAUGAAGCACCUGAAGCAUAUGAUGCCCGGAGGCAAUGAAUACUCCAUUACUAUGACUUGGCUGGAGACGCUGGCGGAAGUGCCGUGGUCGACUGUCACAGAGGAGAGGUUAGGCCCGGAGACUCUGGUCAAGGCAAGGAAGCAGUUGGAUGAAGAUCACUGCGGACUUGAAAAGGUCAAGAAGCGACUGAUCGAGUACCUUGCUAUCUUGAGGCUGAAGCAAUCCGUCAAUGACGACAUCGAAGAACAGAUCAGGAAGGCUGAGGCUGAGGAGGCCAAGCUGAAUGCGGAGAGGGAGGCCGAGGCGAAGGAGGAAACUCCAAACCCUCACGAGAUUCCCAAGGUGGCUUCCACCAAGCUCGAAGCCCUCAAGGCGCAGCGAGCUGUUGACAAGUCGCCUAUCCUGCUUCUUGCUGGCCCUCCCGGUGUUGGCAAGACCAGUCUUGCAAGGUCGAUCGCGACGGCCCUUGGUCGAAAGUUCCACCGUAUUUCCCUCGGUGGCGUGCGUGACGAACCCGAAAUCCGGGGUCAUCGCCGAACAUAUGUGUCUGCUAUGCCUGGUGUGAUUGUUCAGGGCUUGAGGAAAGUCGGCGUCUCAAAUCCUGUUUUCCUGCUGGAUGAGAUUGAUAAGCUUGGCAAGGCAAGCAACAUGGGCGAUCCAUCAGCUGCCAUGCUUGAGGUCUUGGACCCCGAGCAAAACCACACUUUCACCGAUCACUACCUGGGCACACCCCUGGACCUGAGCAAGGUUCUAUUCAUUGCCACGGCCAACAACCUUGAGAACAUCCCAGCACCGCUGCUGGACCGUAUGGAGACCAUUUACUUGCCGGGCUACACGACGCUGGAGAAGCGACACAUCGCCCUGAGGCAUCUCGUGCCCAAGCAGAUGCGCGCCAACGGCCUAUCCAAGGGCCAGGUAGUCUUCAACGAGAAGGUCGUGUCCAAGGUCAUCGACUCGUACACGCGCGAGUCCGGCGUGCGUAACCUCGAGAGGGAGAUCGGAUCGGUCUGCCGCGCCAAGGCCGUCGAGUACGCCGAGGCCAAGGACGGCGGCCGCCUCGAGUCCUACCGACCGGAGGUUACGCUCGAAGACGUGGAGGAGAUCCUCGGCGUCGAGAUGUUUGAGGACGAGAUCGCCGAAAAGACGAGCCGUCCCGGUAUCGUCACGGGCUUGGUAGCGUACAGCUCCGGAGGCAACGGUAGUAUCCUCUUCAUUGAGGUUGCCGAUAUGCCCGGGGAUGGGCACGUGCAGCUCACGGGUAGGCUGGGUGACGUGCUCAAGGAGAGCGUCGAGGUGGCGCUUACUUGGGUCAAGGCUCACGCGUUCGAGUUGGGAUUGACGCCGGAGCCUAACACUAAUAUUAUGGAUGGGCGGAGUAUCCAUGUGCAUUGUCCUUCGGGCUCUAUUCCUAAGGACGGUCCUAGCAGUGGUAUUGCGCAGGCGAUUGCGCUUAUCUCGCUGUUCUCUGGGAACCCAGUGCCGCCGACGAUGGCCAUGACGGGUGAAAUCUCCCUUCGUGGACGGGUGACAGCCGUCGGAGGCAUCAAGGAGAAACUCAUCGGAGCUCUGCGUGCGGGAGUGAAGACUGUCCUCCUCCCCGCUCAGAAUCGGAAGGAUCUCAAGGAUCUUCCCCCAGAUGUGACGGAUGGCAUUGAUAUUCUCUUUGUCAACCACAUCUACGAUGCCAUCCGACUUGUCUGGCCCAACUCGCACUGGGCUGUUGACGAGAAGAAGCUAGCAAGUGUCGAGAGCCGUCUGUAA